UGCUGUUUACUGUUUAGUGGUGUAUUGAAUUAUUGAAUGAUCUGAAUUUGUAAAUUUUUGUGUUUUGCUUGCUGUCUGGAUCUCUGGAACAGUGGAACGUCAUCGUCAACGUUUGAUCUCGAUCUGUCUGAAGUUGUUGUUGUUGACCUAGCCAAGACCAACUUAAAAAACACCGGGAAUAUUCGUGUUUUGUUUGAUAGCCUAUUAUUUAUCAAAAUUGAGAAUUGUUUUCGAACUUUUAAUUCAUAGUGUAUAGGUUGUAAUAGUUUUAGUGAUUUGAUUGGUGAAACAGGUGAUGCUAAUAACAAGUAGAAUGGGAAAUUACAUUGGAAUAUUUAGGCUAGGUUAACUGUGCCCAUUUUUAUAGGCUACCCUAGUUCAAGUUAUAGGGUCUACAUUGCUCAGAUUAAACUUAAGUUAUAAUUGACAUUGAUAAGUUAUGGAUGGUUAUACUGAGGAAUUUGAUUUUCCGUUGGACUCAGAAAGGUGCCAUGUAAACGAUUUGCCGGAUGAAAUACUAGAAUACAUUUUGUGUCUUUUGAGGCCUUAUGAUGAUCUGAAGAAAUGUAUGUUGGUCAGUAAACGCUGGAAUAAAAGUGCUGUCAAUGUACUUCAUCAUAAGAAAAACAACUUCAAUCGCUGUCUUGUGAAUUUCAACAUCAAAUGGGAACACUACACUCCCCCAGAUAAAUGUCACAGCAUUUCAAAACGAUAUUCGCAUUCUGCAUGCAGUUUUGGAAAUGCUAUGUAUGUGUUUGGUGGGUGCACUUGUACGAGCACGACAUUCAACGACCUGUGGAAGCUUGACUUGUCGGCCAGGAAGUGGUCUAGGCUGCUCACUAUGGGUACGUACCCGACACCCAAGGCUCUGGCCACGCUCGUCUACUACGAGGGUCUUCUCGUCUUGUUUGGCGGCUGGACACACCCCACCCCGUUCCCUUUGCACCAGGCGUGGAGGACAUUCAACGAGUUACAUGUGUACGACAUCGGUGAGAACAGGUGGAGUUACGUGAUCACGCCACAACUGUCACCUCCGCCCAUGGCUGGUCACUCCGCCUCAGUACACGGGGACGACAUGGUUGUGUUUGGUGGCAUAUGUGGACAAAUGGUUACUGGCAGUGCUAAUGAUGUCUGGUGCUUUAACUUUGUGACUCAAACAUGGAGGAAACAAGAGACCUCGAGUCCCAAGCCAGUGCCUAGAUACAACCAGUCUCAGAUCGCGAUCAACAAUAACAACCUGCUGAUCAUAGGAGGUUGUGGAGGCCGGCCCAAUGUACUGCUCAGUGACGUCUGGCUACUGACGAUGACAGGCAACAUCUGGCAAUGGACACAGAUCUCAGUCACCAACCCUCAGUGGGGGAUGAGUCACCCCUCCAAUGGACAGCUGUGGUGCCAUCCAGCUUGCAAGAGUGGUAACAACGUCAUCUCUAUUGGGCGUAACCCAACUUCUACGAUGCCAGCGUUCUCAUUGUCCAAGUGGAAUCCUGUUGCGUCUAUGCCACGAACACCUAAUGACCUACAAUCUCCUAGAAGGCCUUCAGAUGGCUCUUUACCUCCGGUGGACAGAGAUGUGAAUGUUAACGGACGAAGGGGAGUCCUGCCGAGACCUAGAGCACCAGUCGAACCUUCCACGUCCGGGAGUAAAGACCAAGAAGAAGCUCCUGCAGAUCCCAAGUGCCAUAAACCAGAGAUCAAGGUGGGAAAGUCUCCAUUCCGGAACAUAAACUUGCCAACCAAUAACAACAUGGCUGCGUUCCGAGCAUCUCCGGGUGGAGCAGGGAAACAUCGGGAGCGUCAGUUGGAGGCGUUGCACAGAAUGGAGGAGAGACUACGUAGCUUGUCUCGCAACAAUCAGGUAAAGGAGAAACUGCCCGAGGCCGUGAGGCAAUGUCCUCCCAAGAUGGCGAUGUUUGUCAUGGACAUUACCAACGUGUUGACGGACAACGCUGUGACAUGGCUGCCGAUCAAGAGUGUAGCGACCGGAGCUCCAGAACACACCAUCCUCUACUCACUCGUCCCCGGCCAAGGCGAGAUCAUCAUGUUCGGUGGUAUACAAAAAGAUGUUUCCCAGUUUAACGUUGAAGAAUCCUCUUUGAACGUUAUAAACACUGUUACUAACACAUUGCAUUUCAUCACUGCCCCGCAGACUGUGAUCUAAGUUUUAAGUUUUUGAAUGUACAAUGCCUGUGUAAAUUUGUAAUGUAGUUGUUAUCGGAAGUUUUUUUAGGAGCUUGAAAGGAUUAUUAAAAUGUAAAAGAUUACCAUGGUUAAUUUGUUAAAAAUGAAUUUCUGGGAGGUUAAACAAAUCUGAAUUAAUUGAGUAUUGAUUCAGUGCAUGUAUGAGAGUUGUCCGUAAAUUACUUCACUUGCUACUAUUCUAGCUAUAGGUUCGGCCACUCCUGACAAUGGUCAUAUUCAUAUUAUUCGAAAACGUUGCAAAAGAAAUUCAAAGCGCCAAAUAUGUAUCACAUUCUAUGAUUAGAUUUCUUCGGUCUCACUUGACAACUAUUUUUGAUGUCUAUUUUCAAUUGACUGACAUGAAUGGAGUAAAGAAUCUAGAUGUAGAAAAUCAAAAUAUGCACAAGGAGUGGUAGUUCGGAGUUGGUAGUAAACAUUUGCAUGAUAUUCUCCAUGAGCUAGGCUGACUUUUGUUGCUUAUCAGUCUCAGUUGUAGCAAUGGCCAAAGUUGGUGGAAUUUUGCAUGCGGACCGUGGUGUGAUUGAACGAAAGAGAUUAUAAAACUAAUAGUAAGACCAUCAACGACUACAGUCAGCUCUGGAGGUCUGAAACAAACCGAUCAACAAGCUAAGAUUCCUCAAAUUCAAUCACCGUCUCGAUGGAAACUGAUAAGCACCCACUGCCGUACAUUGUGCAAAUGUAUUUACUUACACAAACUCCCUAAGUAACCAAUGCACAUUUUCUAUGCAAACAAUUUAUAUACAAAACACUUUUCUGUAGAAAACACAUGUGACAGCUGGCAACAGUAAUCAACAUGCAGUAUUCCUACAGAAACCUUAUCACAAAACACAAAACGUGGUUCAUACUUGGCAGGAGCCUCUAGUCUAUUUUAUAUUCCAAUUUUGACUUUCUCUAUGCCAUAGUAUGGAGAAAGUAUUGUUUUGUAAAAAUUGUUGAGUUUGAGUGGAUAUAUCUCUUUUGGGUCCCCCUGAACCCAUAAAAGUGGUUUCCGAAGUGAUGUCUGUGUCUGUAUGUGUGGAUGUGUACAGAGCUACAGACCACACUUGUAGUCCGAUUUUGAUUAAAUUUGGUAUGUAGGUAGUAGGUACUAAUCCAUAGUACCUUCAGAAGUUUUUUCCAUAAUUUUGUAAUUUUAAUUUUUAACCCAUUGGUGCCAACUUACGAUCGUUACUCGUCUGGCCGCUGCAUGCCCAAAAUCCGACUUACCUAGCUCGGUUUUAAUUUUUAAUUUAUUUUUUUUUUACUUUUAUGAUGUUUAUAAAUAUCUUGCUUCUUGUAUUGAGUAUUUAAUCAUUUAUUUUUGGGAAUAACAAAGGUAGUGUUGUCAUGUUAACCCACCCAAAAUGAGCUGUGAAAAGGCAAAAAUGGUUAAACAAAAAUUGUAUUUUUUAUGUUAUUACUUACUAGUGGAACCCCGUCGAAAUCGACGGUUAAUCUUGAGGUUUUAUGUAAAUUCAGCUAACUGCGUUGGAUAGAGUGAAGUCAUUAAAAUCUUAGUUAUAUGAAGGGAGGAUAAGCAAUAAUAAGUAUGACGAUUGUGUUCCCUAAAAAACGUGAUUGAUGAAUUCGUUUAACACAAUAUUUCCUACCUUUCUUUUUAUCGGCUUUAGGUUGCCCAAAAGAUUUUUUAGGAGUCUUAUAAUUGUUUCUUCAUGAGUUAGUUUCAUACCAAAGCCACUUUCACUAUAUGGGAGAAUGAGUUCAUAUAAUUAGUCCAUCAUGUUACACAAAGAGUCAAUAUUUAUUACGAACCACUAAUUCCAUCUGCUUUAGGAAAAUCAUUCAGAUUGUAUCCGGAUUUAUAAGUAAAUCUUCAUCUUCUUUUUAUAAAAAUAUAUGAUUCUCCAGAAAGCAGUAACAUUCUUACUUCGAUCUCAGCAAUUUUAAAUCCUUCUCUUGCCACAUCCACCCAUGUAUUUAAUCAUCCUGUUCUUCUUGGCCAUAUAGAUCACAUAAAGCUGUGCAUGUAUUUCGUGGAUUGGAAUGAACCAUAAUUGUAGGAAAUUUUAUCACAAAUCUUGAACAUUUGCGGAACCAAAUCCAUAACCUAGUCCAGCAUUGGUAACAAACUAUGCAAAUGCGAUGAGAUGUGAGGACACUGUUGUGUUUCCGAAUGUUUUGUAUGUAGGCCUAGUGAGGUUUAGAUGCGUUGUUCAACCUAGCUACAUGUGUACAUCAAAGUAAAAACUGUGUACACAUUUUUUACCUGAAUUGACAUUAGUUCACCUACUUUACCAAAACCAUAGACUCCGUAGUUAGUCUAUUCCAAAACUUGAACACAGCUCUCAUCCUCAACGUACUCAUCUAUGACACAAUUUUCAACCCGAUUAUCAAAAACUGUUAUACCAAUAAAUGAAUCUCAGGUGUUCUUUCUUGAAUUUAAAAAAAAAUGGUGAUUGAAAGUAGGAAAAAAAGGCAAGUGCCAACCUUACAAUAUGUAUAAGCUAACCCAA